GGCAAUUCACAUGUACUUCUUUGCAAGAGCUCAGACGACUUCACAGUUACGAGCACUAUGAGCACACAAGCAGCCGAUUCAAGAUAGUAGCUAGGUCCGAAAUUCGAAUUCAACCCACUGGGAGUCUGGGAGUCGGCGCUCCAUUCCAAAGUUUGACCUAGGCUCACCUCGUCAUCAAAAGCUCCAACACAAAAUAUACCUCCAAGAUAACUGAUUAAAGCACUGCUUUAUUUGCUCACGAGGUACCUCGGGCCCACUAUGGAGAGAUGCCACCACUUGACUUUUACCUUUAAGCCAGGCCAUCAUUGCGAAGAAGAUAGCCCUUCUGGAUUCUGUUUAGUCAAAAAUGUGGUGAUUGGCGCAGCUCAUGCACCUCGAGUAUGGGAUUCAAUGUGUUGUUAUACUGGUCAUUGCUUUGCACCAUAGGUAAUGGCACGCGGUCAAUAGCGUGGCAAGUCAAGAUCCCAACGGUUUUCUUUGCCGAUCUGCUCUUGGCACGUGAGUUUCUGCUGACGUUUAUGCUCGUGGAUGCCUUAGCUAGCGCUGGUACAAUCUCCCAUCAACAUGCCAAUUAUAGGUACAAAAAACGUGCGGUUUGAGCACUUGGACCGAGUGUCUCGACAUUGUUGCGUUCUCAGUCAGUGGAUACUAUAUUUACUACGACUUAGAGCCGGGAACAUCGCACUUUGAUUCAGCGUCAGGAAUCGUAAACGGUUCCUCAGUGCACAUACUGACCAUGAUCAACGGUUGCGA